AUGGAGGGAAUAGCAUCAGAACUGGCUAAAUAUCUAGUGGAAUGCCUGAAACAGACUUCGUCUAGUUCUCGUUUGCUAGUGGGAAUCGCUGGCGUUCCUGCCUCUGGGAAAUCAUCAUUGGCAAAGCUUGUAGUCGAAAAGACGAAUGCUAUCAUCAAUUCCGCAUCCACAGAUAUCAGCGUUCGUGAUACCCCCCAUCCGACCGCAAUUCUCGUUGGCCUUGACGGCUGGCACCUUACAAGGGCGCAACUUGACGGUUUUCCUGAUCCAAAACUUGCUCACGAUAAGAGAGGUGCCCACUGGACGUUUGAUGGCAUUUCCUAUGUUGCAUUUACGCGGCUCCUACGCCAAGAUUUGACACCAUUGACACCGAUUAUCCUUGCACCUUCUUUCGAUCAUGCUGUGAAGGAUCCGACUCCUGAAGCCGUAUCGAUUCAUCCUUAUCAUCGCAUUGUCGUGAUAGAGGGUCUUUAUACGAUUCUAUCCAUUGAUCCAUGGAGUGAAGGUGCUAAGCUCCUCGACGAGAGAUGGUUCCUUCACGUCGAUCUCAAAGAAGCGAAAAUCAGGCUAGUCAAAAGACAUGUUGUAACUGGCGUCGCGAAGGACUUGGAAGAAGCAAUCUGGAGAGCUGAGGAAAACGACGGGCCAAAUGGUGAAUUUAUUAUGGCCAAUAUGCUGGAUCCUACAAGAAUAAUUGAGAGUACUGACGAUCCUGUAUUCACGCUCCCGUAAAUAUGGAUCAACGAUAUAAAGGGGUUUAUCAAUAUGUCAAC